AUGGUUCUUGCUGUGUAUUCUUCAAGAACAGUACAAAUCAGAUUUCUAAACAAUGAAACUCUAGUCCCUGUUCGUACUAGAGGAACCUGUUCAUAUUGUCUUUGCCGCCAGGAUCGUAUUCAUGAGAUCACAAGUGACUAUUCUGGAAGAAGUGAAGGCGAUGAAAUUUGUCCCUAUUGUUUUUGUGUCUUUAAUUCUCCGACUGAAUAA